AUGCAUCGACUUUUUGCUGAGCUGGAGCCAUCUGUAACCGUCACCGAGCAAAACCUGGCAGACCGAGUUCGGUAUAUCUUGCGCUCAAAUAUAUUUGAUGACGCCGAACUCGAACGGCUACGACGUGAGGCUGUUCCCUCAUCAAAUGAAAAUGCUAUGGCUGAGGAUGCGGUGCCACAAGUUGCAGAACAACCCACACACGUGGAUGCCGCCGUGAAUACCCCAGUGGUGGCUGAUUCAAAUGAUGAUGGAACAUUCGCCCAGGCACUAGAAAUAGAGCAAAUGAGGAGCAUUGGAAGAGGCGAUUAUGGAAACGCGCAGUACGCCUCUCGAUAA